AUGCAUCGUCUCGUUAUUCGCAACUAUAUCGCAGCGCUUGUCGCUCCGAUCCUUCUCUCUGUGCUCGCGUACAAGCUUCUCGAUAAGAGGAGAGCAAGCGCACACAGAAAAGCGGAAGACCCGAACCCUGGGGCGCCUGCUCUGUUAAUCCUGCCAAUUCAAAGCCAUUACGACGUGUUCUUGAGCUUUAGAGGCACCGAUACUCGCCGAGCCUUCGCCGAUCUCCUCUACUGCUGCCUCGUCGAUGCCGGAGUCCAUGUCUUCAGAGACGAUGGUGAGCUCCGCCCAGGCGAGGACAUCGGCCUGGAAUUUGUGGAAGACAUUAAGAACAGUAAGAUUUUGAUCCCAAUUAUCUCCGCGAAUUACGCUGCCAGCAAAUGGUGCCUUGACGUACUAGUUCAAAUGAUGGAGUGCAAGAGACGGUUGUUGCCCAUAUUCUACAAAGUGGAACGCGCGGCUGUGCAGCAUCAAGUCGGUAGUUUUGGAGAGGCAUUUCGUUAUUAUUGUAACUGGAGGCGUUUCGACCAAAGGGUUGUGGAGGAAUGGAAGCAAGCGCUCGAAGAAGUCAGUCUCUUACAGGGAUGGGAAUCAGAGAAAGAUGCUGAUGGGUACUUCAUUCUUUAA